AUGUGCAGUGAAGCUGCUAAGAAUGGUCAUUUGGAAAUCCUCAAAUAUGCCCAUGAGAAUGGCUGCCCAUGGAAUGUGCGGACAUGCAUCAAAGCUGCUAUGAAUGGUCAUUUGGAAUGCCUCAAAUACGCCCAUGAAAAUGGCUGUCCGUGGGACGAGAGGACAUGCUACACUGCUGCUAUGAAAGGCCAAUUGGAAUGCCUCAAAUACGCCCAUGAAAACGGCUGUUCAUGGGAUACAUUCACAUGCGAGUAUGCUGCUGGAAAUGGCCAUUUGGAGUGUCUCAAAUAUGCCCAUGAAAAUGGCUGUCCAUGGGAUGAAGAUACAUGUAGCAAUGCUGCUGCAGAAGGCCAUUUGGAAGUCCUAAAAUAUGCCUGUGAAAAAGGCUGUCCCUGGGACAAAACCACAUGCAAUGUUGCUGCUGAAAAUGGCCAUUUGGAAUGCCUCAAAUAUGCCCAUGAAAACGGCUGUCCGUGGGAUGAAGAGACAUGCAGUGAAGCUGCUGAUCUUGGCCAUUUGGAAUGCCUCAAAUAUGCCCAUGAAAAUGGGUGUCCGUGGGACGAAAAGAUAUCCACGUAUGCUGCUGAAAAAGGGCAUUCGGAAUGCCUCAAAUAUGCCCAUGAGAACGGCUGUCCAUGGAAUGAAGACACAUGCAGUGAAGCUGCUACGAAUGGCCAUUUGGAAAACCUCAAAUAUGCCCAUGAAAAUCGCUGUCCAUGGGAUGAAGAGACAUGCAGUGAAGCUGCUGAUCGUGGCCAAUUGGAAUGCCUCAAAUAUGCCCAUGAAAAUGGGUGUCCAUGGGAUGAGCACACAUGCCAAUAUGCUGCUCUCAAUGGCCAUUUGGAAUGCCUCAAAUAUGCCCAUGAAAAUGGGUGUCCGUGGGAUGAAGAAACAUGCUGCUUUGCUGCUAAAUAUGACCAUUUGGAUUGCCUCACAUAUGCCCAUGAAAACGGCUGUCCAUGGAAUGAAGACACAUGUAGCGAUGCUGCUGAAUAUGGCCAUUUGGAUUGCCUCAAGUAUGCCCAUGAAAAUGGCUGUCCGUGGAACCAACGAGCUUUGCUCCUCAAAGGUACUCCUCAGGUAAAGGCAUGGGUUCAAGGUAUGUCCUAA